AUGGAGAAGCAGGUGGUGGCGGCGCCCGCCGAGCGCACCUUCCAGUACCAGGAGUCGCUGCCGCCGCUGCCCGUGCCCCCGCUCGAGGAGUCGCUGCAGAAAUACCUCGAGGCAGUGAAACCAUUUCUUAAUCAAGAAGAAUAUCAAAGAACUGAACGUAUAGUUAAAAAUUUUGAAAAUGGGAUUGGAAAAGAGUUGCAUCAGAAAUUACUGGAAAGAGCUAAAACAAGAAGGAAUUGGCUGGAGGAAUGGUGGCAGAAUGUGGCUUAUCUUGAUCUUCGCAUAUCAACGCAAAUAUACUGUAACAUAGGAGGCCCUGGCCCCUAUAUUGAAACCUACUGGCCACCCAAAGAAGGCACUCAGAUAGAGAGAGCAUGUGUUAAUAUAUGGCACACCCUGAAAUACUGGGAUCUAUUAAGAACAGAGAAAGUGGCAGUAGAGAGAUCUGGGAAUGCUGUUCUGGACAUGAGCCAAUUCCGAAAGCUCUUCUGCACUUGCAAGAUUCCGGGGGUUACCAGAGAUUCAAUCUGCAAUUAUUUUAAAACUGAGACUGAAGGUGAAUGCCCUUCUCACUUAGUGGUCCUGUGCCGAGGCCGAGUGUUUGCCUUUGAUGCCCUGCAUGAAGGCAGCUUGCUGAACCCUCCGGAGCUGGCCAGGCAACUUACAUAUAUCCAGAAAAGAUGCUCUAGUGAACCAGAUGGACCAGGACUGGCGGCCUUAACAAGCGAGGAAAGGACAAAAUGGGCAAAGAUGCGUCAACAUUUAAUUGAUCUUGAUCCAAAAAACUUGACUCUUCUGGAAAAAAUUCAGCAAAGCCUGUUUGUGGUCUGCCUGGAUGAUGCGAGUCCCCAUGCAACUCCUGAAAACUACACCGAGGUUAUGAGACUGGGGCUAACAGGUGAUCCCACUGUCCGCUGGGGAGAUAAAUCCUACAACAGCAUCUUCUUUUCCAAUGGGACUUGUAGUGCAUUCUGUGAUCAUUCUCCUUUUGAUGCCAUGGCUUUAAUUGCCAUGCUAUCUCAUACUGAAGGGAAGAUUAGUGAAAAUGAGGGCAAGUGGAAGGGCUCUGAUAAAGUAAGGGAUAUUCCAUGGCCAGAGGAACUUGCGUUCACAGUGGACCAAAAACUAAUGAAUGAAAUUGAACAUGCUAAAGAAUCCUAUUACCAGAAGGUGUCUGACCUGCAGCUGGUGAGUUAUGCCUUCACAUCAUUUGGAAAAGCACUGAUUAGGAAGAAGAAGCUUCAUCCUGACACGUUUGUGCAGCUUGCCCUCCAACUGGCUUAUUACAAAUGUCAUGGACGGCCGGGCUGCUGCUACGAAACCGCCAUGACCAGGCGUUUCUACCACGGCCGCACGGAGACCAUGCGGUCGUGCACCGUGGAAGCGGUGGAGUGGUGCAAAUCCAUGCUGGACCCUUCUGCCACUGUUUAUCAACGGCAACAGCUGAUGCUUAGAGCGUUUGCAAAGCACAAUAAAAUGAGGAAAGAGUGUGAGAUUGGAAAAGGAUUCGACCGUCAUCUUCUAGGCCUCCUCCUUAUAGCACAGGAACAAGGACUUCCAGUGCCAGAACUUUUUGUGGAUACUGCCUUCACAACUAGUGGAGGAGGUGGGAAUUUCGUUCUUUCAACCAGUCUCACUGGCUACACUGGGUUUAAUGGAUCUGCACUUCCUAUGGUACAUCAUGGCUAUGGCUUUUUUUAUUCAAUCAGAAAUGACAGGAUUGUGGCCACCUGCUCUUCCUGGAAGUCCUGUCCGGAGACUGAUGCGGAGGUGCUGUGCAGAACCGUGUUCCAGAGCUUCCAGGACAUGUUGCAGUUAACAGCUACAGCUCAGCUGUGAAGUUCAUACUGAUAUAAACGAGCCUUUGCAAGCUCCCAAGUUAUAUGUAGUACUUUGAAAUGAAUGCUAGGCAAGAAAACUGUUAUAUCCAAGUUAAGACAUGUAAUGAUUUUAUGAAGUCUACCUAUUUUUAUGGGAUUUGCUGGCAGCAGUGCCCAUUCAAUAGUGAUGUAGCCAUUUGCACCAACAAUGCAAGCAGUAGUACCUUAUCUGGGUAGAACUAUGCAAUAUUAAAAUAUGCCUCAACAAUGCAAAUGUAUUUGAGAGAAAUGGCAUUGGAAAUGGAGAAUUUAUGGGAUUUUGUAUUUAUGAUCAUAGUAGUAACAUGUAGAAUUAGAAUUGUGACCUAAUGAUACUGUUUACUUUGGUGGAGCACCUAACUGUACUGCAGAGUAACCACGCUGUUGUCAUAGGUGAUUGAGCUUCCUACUCACAGUGAUAUGUGAAAUAGAAGGGCUGUCUUCAUCAGGCUGGGUGUUCUGGAUCAAUCUGUUGUCUUUUUCUUUUGCUAUUGGGAUUGUAUCACACAGAUGUUCUGUCCUUGAAUGGGGAUGAUUCCACCACACUUGUUGCAUAAGAGCACUACAGUCUGAAAUAUCAUUGAGAGAAUGCCU